CGUUAGCAGAGAAGAAGAUCUGGCUUCAGCUGAAUAUUUCUCAUACCUUUAGAUCUGAUAAGUGAUUCUUUUGUUGAAUUUUUUUUUUUAAUGAAAUUUGCUUUUGGUCUGAUCACCAGGACCAUGGAUAGCGCACUGGACAGACUUGAUGCUGCUCGUUUUAUUCAGAUUUGGCAACAUUUCGACAAAGAUGACAAAGGAUACAUAGAAGGAAAAAGGAUGGAUGAUUUUUUCAAGCACAUGUUGCAAAAACUUGGAAUGAAGACAGAUGAAAUAACAGAGGUCGAAAUGAGAAGAAUGAGAGACAGAUUUAUCUCUACGAAUGACUCUUCUGAGGACAGAAAUGUGCAGAUUGAAGAGCUGGCUGCUAUGAUGCUUCCAGAGGAAGAAAACUUCCUGCUGUUGUUCCGCAGAGAGACUCCGCUUGACAACAGCGUGGAGUUCAUGAGGAUUUGGAGAAACUAUGAUGCAGACAGCAGUGGUUACAUUUCAGCCAAUGAGCUUAAGGGUUUCCUACAUGACCUAUUCCUCCAGCACAGGAAGUCCAUCACACCUCAGAAGCUGGAGGAGUACACCGAUACCAUGAUGAAGAUGUUUGAUAAAAACAGGGACGACAGGCUGGAUCUGAACGACAUGGCCAGAAUUUUGGCCCUGAAUGAAAACUUCCUACUCAAGUUUAAGACAGAUGCUUGCAGUCUUGAUGACAGAAAAAGGGACUUUGAGAAGAUAUUCGCUCACUAUGAUGUUAGUAAGACAGGUGCACUGGAGGGGCCUGAGGUGGAUGGGUUUGUCAAGGACAUGAUGGAGCUGGUAAAGCCCAGCAUCAGCGGGAUGGAACUGGACAAGUUCAGGAAAGCUCUGAUGGGUCACUGCGACAUCAACAGAGACGGAAAAAUCCAGAAGAAUGAACUUGCUCUCUGCCUCGGCCUUAAACUCAGUUAACCUUCUCUGGCAAAAAAAGUCUUUUUUUUAUCAUUAAUGCCUCUGCGCUAUAUUUCUAUUCACCUUCAGGUUUCCCAUUACUUUCCGUUUAUUCAUCUGACCUUUUUAAACAUUUUCAUUGUGAUUGUAUAAUAACAUCUAAUUUCUGUGUAAAACAAAAACUGAACCUUAGCCACACCGCAAUCUCUUUGACUCAUGUGAUACUUGUAUGGCUCCUUCUUUGCGCUGUGUUAAUGUACACUGUGAACUGCUGUGUUCAUGAUAAAAUUGUUAAAUCAGUUAAAACAGUGAUGUAUGAUAACUGUAAAUAAAACUUUGUCAUCCAUGCAUUAUUUUCUGACUAAGAUUUCCUCCAAGAAUAAACUUUACAGCU